GAGUCAAACCGAGUGAUGAGGAUCAGCUGACUGCGGAGCUCCGUUUCUCAGUUUAGUGAUUAAAAAUAAAAUAAAACCAGUUUGUGAUUGAUCGAUAAGAUCGAACACCGACAUGCCGUCGCUUCUGUUCUGCGGGCCGAAGAUGGCCGCGUGCGGGAUAGUGAUCAGCAUCUGGGGGGUCAUCAUGCUGGCCAUGCUGGGAAUCUUCUUCAGUGCGAAGUCGGCCGUGCUGAUCGAGGACGUCCCGUUCACUGAGGAGGACAUCCGUAACGAUAAAAAUCCUCCUCAGAACAUCUACAGUCUGUACAACCAGGUCGGCAUCAACUGCUUCAUCGCCGCCGCCAUCUACGUGGCGGUGGGUGCCGUCUCGCUCUGCCAGGUCCGACUCAACAAGCGUCAGGAGUACAUGGUGACAUAAAGAGCUGCAGCCUGGAGGAGCCGACACCAGCUGCUGUCUGUCCGCAAAGUUUCUGUUACAACUUCCUUUUAUAACCGACCAAUCAGCAGCUGAAGCCACGGAGAGUCAUUAACUUGUGUCAACGUGGUUGGUUGAGAUCACUGAGGCGAGGUCAGGUGGUCAGACGUCACCUGAGUUAUUUAUUUUACAGUUACAACCUGUGAUGUUUGUUGUUGUUGUUGUUGUUGUUGUUGUAUGAGAUGUGACAUCAUUCCUUUGAGCAGAUUUUUAUUCCUGAACACGUUGAUUCACUUCGGCUUCGAAACUCCUGCAGGUCACGUUUAUCUCAUCACCCAACGAGAUUUGAAUCAACGAGGAAACUGUUACAAAUGAACGUUUGAUUUUCUGUCAGCAGGUUGAAAGAUUUAAAGCGUCAGGAGGCGACGCCUUCAGAACAAAACCUGAGUUAGGUUUUAUAUUUUCUUGGUGUUGAAGCAGACUGAGGGAAACAUGGCGGAGCUGCUGACAGUAAAUCGACGCUCAGAUGAAGUGUAAAUGUUACAGUGUGUUCUGGCUGUUUGUUGUUGAUGCUUCUGUGAAUCAAAGUGUUUCAUGUUACAGACCGUGGUGGAAAAUCCUUUGCAAUAAAGUGUGUGUGUUUAAAAACUAAAA